AUGCGUUUGUCAUUGCUGGUCCCCUUUCUCUUCUGGAUCUCAGGAUGCUGCACUGCUCAGAAUCCAAUCACAGGUCCAGCGGAGGUGAGCGGUCAGGAGCAGGGCUCCUUGACAGUGCAGUGCCGAUACACCUCAGACUGGAAAGAUUUCAAGAAGUACUGGUGCCGAGGAGUUCCUCAGAGAAAAUGUGACAUUCUCGUUGAAACCGAUACAUCAGAGCAGUUGGUGGAGAAGAACCGUGUGUCCAUCAGGGACAACCAGAGGGACUUCAUCUUCACAGUGACUAUGGUAGAUCUGAGGAUGAGCGAUGCUGGCAUUUACUGGUGUGGAAUUACGAAAUCUGGAUAUGAUCCCAUGUUUAAAGUUAUUGUGAACAUUGACCCAGCAACCCAAGUGCCCAUUACAGUGCCAACCACGCCCCCCAUCACCUCCACCACCACCAUCUUCACAGUGACAACCAUGGUAAAAGAGACCAGCAUGUUUCCAACGCUGACCAGCUACUACUACUCUGAUAACGGGCAAGGCGGUGGUGACGGUGGCAUCGGUGAUGGGUUUCUAGAUCUCAGUGUGAUUCUCCCAGUCACCUCUGCAGCCCUGUUGCUUCUCCUGCUGGUGGCCUCGCUCUUUGCUUGGAGGAUGGUGAGGAGAAAGAAGAAAGCUGCUGAGCCACCUUCAGAGCAGGCACAGUCUCUGGAGGGUGACCUCUGUUAUGCAAACCUGUCCCUGAAGCAGCCCAGAACCUCCCCUGGCUCCUCCAUGUCCUCCUCUGGCAAGGACCACCAAGAGGAAGUGGAAUAUGUCACCAUGGCUCCCUUUCCCAGGGAGGAGAUUUCAUAUGCCGCUCUGACUUUGGCCGGCUUUGGUCAGGAGCCCACUUAUGGCAACACUGGCUACCUCGUCACCCAGGUUCCCAGGACAGGCCUUGAAGAGGAGACCACGGAGUACAGCAGCAUCAAGAGGCCCUUGCCUGCGGCCAUGCCUUGA